AGGAUGGCUCAGUGGUGAGUUGGGGCAUGAGGGAGUUCGGCAGCGAUAGUUACGAAGUCCGCGACCUGCUCUACGACGUGCGCCACGUCGAGGCCUCCUAUGGCGCCUUCGCCGCGCUCUGCGGCGCAGAGGGGCGCGUGGUGACCUGGGGAAAUCCCCUCUACGGAGGCAGCCGGCGUGGCACGCUGAAGACGCGUGGUGACCUGGGGUCAUCCGGAGUCUGGCGGCGACAGCCGAAGGGUGCAGGAGCAGCUCCACCACGUCGUGGCGCUUUGCGCGUCCUACGGCGCCUUCGCCGCCGUCUGCCGC